AUGGGCCUCAUUUCCCGCCACUUGAAUGACCAGUCCAUAGGCGGCUUUUUUGGAGACUCAUCCACAGUCGCAUUUAUCAAUCAAUUACAGGACGCAGUAUCGAAAACACCAGCCCCAUUACAGGCAUCUCGGCGUCAAUUUGACCCGAAAACCGCGACCAACUUCAAUGCGAAUGAUUUACAAGUCUUACUCCCACCGCGCACAUUGGCAGACCACCUUGUCGACUGUUAUUUUUCUAAAAUUCAUAGUCUAUACCCGUUCGUGCACAAAGAAGCAUUUCUCACAGCCUAUGAUUCACUGCGGAGAAAUAAGGACACUCCAUCAGGGCGAUCAACGAAUGGCCUUGGUCUAGGGGAUGCCGGAGGCAAUCUCAUAACUUUUUACUAUGGGCUGAAUAUGAUUUUCGCUCUAGGCUGCCAGUUCUCUGAUAUCGUUCAGCACGAACGAGAGGCUGUAUCCGAGGCCUUCUUCCAAACAUGCAAACCAGUUCUAGAUUUAGACUAUCUCGAAAACGGCGAUCUUGCCUUGGCGCAGACUCUCCUUUUGAUGGCCCACUACCUGCAAGGCUCCCGCACCCCCAACCGCUGCUGGCACGUAAUUGGAACGGCUUGCAGAUUGGCACAGGGAGUAGGGCUGCAUUCCGAUGUUGGGAAUGAGCAUCGAUCAUUUGCCGAGACACAGAUUCGACGGAGAGUAUGGCAUGGUUGUGUGAUGCUUGAUCUGUGA